AUGGAGUACAAGCAUUUCAGCCACACCCAUAACCUUAUUCACCACCAAGUGCCACCAGGGACCCAAAUCCAUUGCUCAGGUUGUAACCUUCCCGGCACCGGUUCCGGCACCGUGUAUGCUUGCCGCCAAUGCAGCUACUUUCUUCAUGAACAGUGCUUUCAGGCCAACCGCUCCAUGAAACACCAAUCUCACCCCCUUCAUCCUCUAACCCUAGUCCCCUAUCCAACUUACCCUCCACUUCCUUUUUCUGCAAUUCCUUCAACCAAAUUGGAACUGGCUUUUCCUACACUUGUUCUGAUUGUGAGUGCCUCGUGUAUUGGGAUACCCUCGAGGUCCGACUCUAACGAGGCAACGCCAGUUUCGGGCAUAGUGGAGAGUCAAGAACAAAGAAGAGGGCGGAAGCAUUUUAGCCAUGACCAUACCUUGAAUCUGUCAAAAGUUGAAGAGAAUGGUGCAAAAACUUGUUCGGGGUGUGAGAAAAACCUCUCAGAUUUCGCUUACAUUUGCACCGAGUCUCAAUGCACAUUCUCUCUCCACAAGUCAUGCUUCAAACUGCCAAUAAAGAUCCAACAUAAAUCUCACCUUGAUCACCCUCUCACCCUUCUCUCAUCCCCACCUUACAAAGCAGAUGGUGAGUUCACCUGCAAUGCCUGCCUCAAAAAUGGCGGAGCUUUCACCUACAAUUGCUCAAUCUGCACAUUUGACCUCCAUGUUGAUUGUGUAAGCUUGCCUGAAACUGUGAAAAGAGAAGAUCAUGAACACCCAUUAACUCUCCUCUAUUCCUCUCAACACAAAAAUGUUGCAGAAGAAGAAGAAGAAGAUUCACUGGUCUUGUGUGAUGUUUGUCAUCAAGCUAUUCAUGAAAUCUCUUGGGUCUACCAUUCACAAGUGUGA